GCUAGUUUCUGUUAUCAAAACUAAUCGAAUUUCAUCUAAUAUUUUAUUUAGCCUUUGCACAUUACGAUUUUCUGAUUCUAUUAAAAUUCAUUUUUAAUAUUUUGUAUGCAAUGGGUGGUCAUCAUGAAUCCGAAAUCAAAAUUCCGGAUUAUAGAAUAUACAAAGUAGAUAACGUACCAGAUCUUGUGAAGGUGAAGAAUAUUCUAGCUGCUGAAGGAUUAAAAGAUCCAUGGUUGAGAAAUGAAGUAUGGAGAUAUCCUCCAGCUAAUAACAAUCGUUACGAGCAAUAUUUCAAAUGUUGGUGUCGUGGUAAACCAGGACUUACAAUUGCUUUUGGAUUAGCAGGUCUUGUUAUUGGUGCAGAACAGGCUUACAAUUAUUAUUAUCCACCAGUUCAUCAUCAUAAAAAACCUUAUUUCAAAUCAUCUAGUGUUGAACUCCAAAAUAAUUAGGAUUCAAAUUAUAUGUUUAGAGAAGUAAAAAUGUUAUAUAAUAAAAUAAUAAAACAAUAAAAUGCAGUGUUAUAAU